AUGCUGCCAGCGCCUAUCUGGUUUCGAAUCUUCCACCUUCUGCAUCAACCGCCCUCCCAACCGGACGACGCUGCUAUCUUCCCCCAAAGGGAGGAGAAGGAGACGGAAACUGGCUCUGAUGAUUCCGAGACAGAAGAAGAAUCAGAGGAAGAAUCAGAGGAAAAAUCAGAGGAAGAAUCAGAGGAAGAGACAGAGGAUGAGGUGGAAGAGGAGGCAGAGCGAUUGGAUGCCCGUGAGCUGCCUCAAAUCUCCUACUCUUUCACGCUCCUCCACCCCACUCACUUGCAAUCGCAGGAGAGCCAGCCCAUCUCGCUCGUGUAUGGCGGCCAGAACCCGCACUGGAUGCGAACCGUUCGCUUCUUCCUCGCCCGCCCGGGCUUACACUCGCUUCACCUCCGCUGCUCUGACUCGCCCACUCUCGGCGCCUGCAUCGCUCACAGCAGUCGCUCCCUCUCGUCCCUCCGUCUGGAGAUACAAGGCACUGUUUGUUCCUCCAAGGGCCAGGAGAGCGAGUCCUGGCCGCUGGGUUUUCUCAAGGAUUGCGCCCAGCUGCAGGAGCUGAAUUUGGGGCGGGGCAUGUGGAAACUCAACUGGCAAUGUGUGAACACGGCGUGGUUCAAGUCGAUCCGCAAGCUGACCCUAGAGCAGGUUCAUUACGGGAGCAUGAGUUUCCAGUUUCUCGAAAUUAUCACACGGCAGCUGCAUGAGUUCACUCUCUAUGAGGAUGGAAAUGUGCAUCGUGAACAUCCCCGAGUGCCCUCCGCCACCACCCUCGCCUUCUCCUUCCCAAACGCACGCCUUCUCCGCUUCCGCUUUGCCAGCACUGAGCUACACCUCACCCUCACCGUCCCGCCCUCCCUCAAGACUCUCUCAGUCGUGGCCAAACGGCUCCUCCUCUCCUGCAAGAGCACUGCCCCUCUCGCUCUCCACCACCUCUCGCUGUACGGCCAAAAACGGCUCGUCAUCUCCUCCCUCCCCCUCGCAUCCGCCAGGGUUGUCUACUUGGACGGACCUGCCAGUGACCAAGAGGGUUUUUCCUGGACGGAAUGGCUUGGCAUUAUAGCGCCAGCAGUGGAGGUGCUUAUAGUGAGGCACGGGAUGCCUAUAAAGAAGGUGGAGGCGGAGUGGGGGAGGUUGCUGAGCCUUGGGAUUGUCGUGCCUCCCUGGGACAGGGAUGCUCGUGCAAACAGCUGGAGUACGGGAUACAGCACAGAUGAUGAGGAUGAGGGUGAGGAGCAUCUAGACGAUGGCAGGUUGCGCUUCUCUUGGGCGGAUGAACCGGGUUAUUUCGGCUCGGAGCCGGAUGAGGAAGUGGAUGAGGAUGACUACAUGUUUGAUGAUGAUGCUGAGGAUGAGGAUGAGUAUGCUGAUGCUUAUGAUGGUUUCAGUGAUUAUGGUUGUGGUAAGUAUAACCGGCAGUUUUGGGAAAUGUAUGGUCCAGCCAUAAACGCCAAGAUAAGAGAUCGGGUGCGGUUGCUGAAGGCCUUCUUCAAGCCGCCGUCCAUCCGCGCUCCAAAUCUGCAGUUCCUCUUCUUCCCCACCCGCAAGGCGUGUAAUGCGCCUGCACUGGCUGCACUGCGGCAGGACUACCCCACCCUGGCGCUCUAUUGUGUGGUGGACCGCUCCUUCUAUUGGGAGAGGAAGGGCGAGAUGGUGAGCAAUGCGCCGCUCGAGCAUGUGAGGCUGGCAAAGAGUGGGGUGUGGGAUGAAGAAGAGGAGGAGAAGCGGCCCAAGAAAGUGAGGGAGAAGAUGCACAGUGUGAACAGGAGCCUGGUGGAGGGUUACUGUGCUGAGGACGACCAGGUGUACGUGCUGCAGUACCAGUAG